AUGCGGCCAACAGGGGAUCCUGUCCAGGUGGGUCAACGGCUUCGUUUGUUGAGCUCAGCCUUUGGCCUUUUGAAGGCCUCAAUCUUCCUGGGGGCAGAAACCCAAUGCACAGUGGCAGCAAUAGAUGAGGCGUCUGACCUCAUGUUGUUGGAUGGAAGAUGGUUGCCUGGUUGCGAAGGUGGAGUUGCCAUCACAGAGGACGGCCAGCCCUGCGCGUUGCUGGCAGCGCCCUUGCGAAGUACAAGGGGCUGUCGAUGGACUUUGUGUCCGGGCAUCGCUUUGCGAGGCAUUCUGACAACGAUUCUGAACAGCUUCGCUGGACAAGUGUUGCCUCGAAGUCUGAAGGAGAGUGCCCGGCCUGCCAAGUUCGCACCAGGUGUGCCUUGGCCUCCAGGAAUUGCACGACUGGAGGUAGGAGCUGAGGCAUUUGGCUGCGUGCUGAUUUCCGACCGCCACAUACUGGUAGUCGCAUCGAGUUUGCCGAGGGUCAGCACUGGUCGUUUGCAUGGAGCCUAUGUGAUGGAAAGUUUGCCUUGUAGAGUACAACUCUUGCAGCCCAUCCGAAGUGUUUGGGGCUCAGUGCCAUCGCGUGUAGGGUCCUCGGGAUGGGAACCUUUUGUUUUUUUGACAUCGAUAGCACUGACAAAUAGAUGA